GAGGCUGCAGACGUCGAGCUUUUUCGCAGCACUUGUCAAUGAAGCUACUGCUCUUCCGUCGCGAGCGCGUGUUUAUAACAAUAAUACCCUCGUCAUCGUCGCCCGUCCGCGGCAGGAAGUGCGGCCGAGGUGCGUCGCGGUGCCAAUCACCAUCGCAACGUCGUCGUCGUCGUCGUCGGCCGAUGCGGUGCAGCGUAGGAGGCCCAGGGAGGCCGAGACGCCGCCGCCGCCGCCGCCGCCAAUCGUCUCCAGGGGCAGGGGUAUCCUCGCCAAGAUGCUCUCCGGCGGCUACUCCAGGUUCCGCGACUCGAGGACGCCGGAGCCGAGCAGCAGCUCCAGCUCGGCCGGCCUGUCGAGGCUGAGCGAACCGGUCGACGACGCCAGGCUCAGGCAGAGGAACGUCGCGAAGAGCCAGAUCCAGGGGAGAGGCGCCCAGGGAUACGUGUACAGUUUGCUUCUCCGCAGGACAAGGAUUCCGUCGCCGAUCAACCCGGAGGACCUUCCGCCGGUGUCCUCAACAGGUCGCUCCUACGUCUACAGAACGCGAGUGCCACGACGCGACAUUGUCGCUGACACGAGCGGCGGUGGCGCCGGUAAUCCCAUAACUCGACGCCGAGGCGCCGUUAAGCACCACAAGGUACACGUCGUGCGCGGACACAAGCUCGUAGCCAAGUUCUUUCGACAGCCGACCUUUUGCGCCUUCUGCAAGGACUUUCUGUGGGGCUUUGGAAAGCAGGGAUACCAGUGUCAAGUAUUUAAGAGAAAGGUUCAAGGUUGACGUACCUCAUCGAUUCCGACUUCAUACAUUCGUAUCCCCGACGUUCUGCGAUCAUUGCGGG